CCCGGGCUCAAUUUUCCCUAGCUACGCCACUGGGUCGCAGCAGUUGUGGUAGAAGGUGGCCUAUUCCACUUUCACCAUGUGCUUAGCUGUGUUGUCAACAGAGCAAGGCCUUGCACCCCCAGGGCCCACUGAACUACCAACAAGAUGUCAAGAGAGAGACUCCAUUUUGUUGCUUUAAGCCCUUGUAAAAAUCCCUUUUCUUCCUCAAGAAAGUUACAGAAAGCAAGUGUUUCCUAAUUGGGAAUGUGCGUGCUGUUUUUCAGAGGUCAUUGUUUGUUAGAAGUAUGUGGUCAUCUUCAUUAAUUUUGUAAGCCAUCAACUAAGGGGAUAACUGGAUACAUUUUGAUUCAGGAAGGAGGGGUGAAUCUGUUCUUCAUCAUAUCAAGAUAGACUCUGAUUGGAUUACAUCAAUGAUCACUUGGCAUGGCCAGCUAAAACCGUAAAUUAGUUCUAUCAGUGUUAGUUUAUUUAUUUAUCAAAUUUCUUGAUUGUCCCUCCCAAACUGGCUCUGGGUGAUUUACAAUAGGAAUAAAACAAGAAAAGCUGACUCGAGAAUGAUAACCCAUAAUUUAAAAUGGAGUACAGCGCCUACUUCCACUAACUAAAAUUAGAUAAAUUCAGUUAAGUUAAACUCUAAUUAAAAUUCAUGUUGUUACUUUCCUCUUUCUGUGUUCUGCUUUGCUGUUACCCUGCCUGACAAGUUUUUGGAACUUCGCGCAUGCAUGGAAUAUAUCUGGUACCUUUGGCUUGCAAGUAUUUUGCCUGGCUCGUACAUUACCGGGUCCAUCAGACCACCACAUGUGAUAAAACGACCCUGUGUCCAUUCUGCAUUUCCAGCAAAAUGUUUCUUUUGGGUGUGCUAUCAGUAUGAUCUCCUCGGAGACCCAGCCGGGAGGUGCGUCUGCGACAAUGGGCGCCCUAAUCCUGAGGACUUAUCGGGAGCUUCGGAUUCAGCCUCUGAACCAACAGAGGGGCCCCGGACACUGCUUGGAGGUGCAACAGGCGGAGAAGCCCCUACCCCAGGUGGAUUUUUUGACUCUAUCAACCAGUUCAUGACUGCCCUGUUAGACGGCUCACAGGGAGUCACCAUGCGGCGGUGGUGGGGUCUGGACUAUUGAGAUUCACAGCCUUCGGGUUUUGGCAGUGCAACGUGGGUACCACACCUUUGGCUGGAAAUAGGUUGUUGCCCGGCCACCCAUCGGAAGGGGCUAAUUAGUCGGAAGCUGAAGCUUGGCAGAUACUCCAGGCAUCGGAGGAGGCCUGGGAUUCAGAGCGUGAAGAGUAUAGUCGGGCUCUGCACCAUAUGGAACGAGAUAUGGAACACCAGCGAGCUGCCCUUGUCCAGGCACGCCAAGUAGCCCCAGCCCAGCCUGCACCAGCACCGGCACCAGCUCAGCCUGCUCAACCAGCACCAGACCCAGUUCCAGCAUCUGUGCCAGCUCAGUCUGUCCGACCCGGACCCGUGCUGGCCCUGGUUCCAGUACCAGGCCACCUGCCUCCUCAGCUGGCUCCAGGAGGGGGCCCCCUGCUGCCAGCUGCACCUGUUCCAUUACCAGUCCCACCCCUGAUGCCGCCAUUCAUGCCACCAGGAUGGGGCGCUCCGGGAGGUGUGUUGCCGAACUUUGCACCUUAUGGAGUAGCUCCCCCUCCGUUCAUACCUAGGGUCCGGCUGACUACUCAUUUUGAUGGGACUCAGGACUUGCUCCCGGCUUUCCUGGUUCAGGUCAAUGCCCACAUGUUGCAAUAUGGACGGCAGUACCUGAACGAUUUUGAACGUGUUUGUGAGAUUGGGUCAAUGCUGGAUGGCCCUGCAGCCAACUGGUACGUGAGACUCUUCCAACGUCAGGCUGCAGAGCUGCGCAACUUACAGGACUUUAUGAUGGUCCUACAUCAUCAUUUCGAGAGCCUGUUUGUGGGCGAGCAAGCUAAACAGGAACUCAUGGAGAUGCGGCAAGGCAAGACCCCAUUUGCAGAGUUUGUGGAAAACUUCCGCACCGUGGCCAGUAAGAUCCAGGAUUGGGAUGAUCCUGUGAAAAUUUUCGCUUUCAAGAAAGCCCUACACCCGGACUUGAUAAACUGGGCUUUUGUUAGGGAUAGCCCUCAGACCCUGAUGGAUUGUACUCACGGGAACUGCGGAUACCCGAAUGUGUGAGGCAGCCACAUUGGGAGUUCAGGUUGGGCGGUCCCCAAUAGCUCAACCACGCCGGGGGUGGGGUGCUCCUAGUCCUAAACCUACCCACCCUGCUCCUCCGAAGCGCCAGAUCUCGGUGGAAGAGAAUGCCUGCCGCCUGAAUCUCUGCCUGUAUUGAGGCGGGAAGGGCCAUAUUGCUGCGAUUUGUCCCGCCAAGCGCACCCCCACUCCAGCCACUUCUACUCCGGUGGCCAAGCCGGCCAAACCGCCGCCAAAAGGGGGCGCCCAUGCAGCGGUUCCACACAUUGAUGGUCGAUCCCGUGUGAACCUCCCAAGCCAGAGCGGCUUACUGAAGAAGACGUGUUCCCCGGAUGUCUGGCAUCCAGAGAAGAAGAUUCCUCCUACGGUCCUGAUUAAUGGAACUAGACAUUAUGAACUUUCUUGAUUCACGCAUCUAUCGAGACUGCUUGCAGUAUUUGGUCUCUUGGAAAGGUUGUUUACCUGGGCAAAAUCAGUGGAUAUUUUGCUGAGAAUGUUAAAGCCCCCCACCUCGUUAAAGCUUUUCAUCACAACUGCCCAAGCAAGCCAGGGGGAGGACCCUAGAGGGAGCGGAAUGUCAGGAGGCCUGUUAUUAUGGGGAUUUUGCUGUUGCUGCUUUCUUUAUGCUGGGGGUGGUGGAAUGGGUUAAUUGCUUUCUAACUGACUAUCAACUGUCUUCUGUACAAUGUUAUACUGUACCAGGUGCUGUUCAAGGUCAGUGCCUGGCCAUCUCUUCUGUUAUCUUUUUCACAGUUCCUUUUGAGCGUGCUUUCCCAGGAUGGGGGCGGGGGGUGCAAGCUACUUUAACU